AGGGUAAGUAACAUUAUAUAAGGUAGCAUUGUUUAAAGUGGCUAGUGAUAUAUUUACAUCAUUUCCCAUCAAUUCCCAUUAUUAAAGUGGCUGGAGUUGAGUCAGUGUCAAUGUCAGUGUGUUGGCAGCAGCCACUCAAUGUUAGUGGUGGCUGUUUAACAGUCUGAUGGCCUUGAGAUAGAAGCUGUUUUUCAGUCUCUCGGUCCCAGCUUUGAUGCACCUGUACUGACCUCGCCUUCUGGAUGAUAGCGGGGUGAACAGGCAGUGGCUCGGGUGGUUGAUGUCCUUGAUGAUCUUUAUGGCCUUCCUGUAACAUCGGGUGGUGUAGGUGUCCUGGAGGGCAGGUAGUUUGCCCCCGGUGAUGCGUUGUGCAGACCUCACUACCCUCUGGAGAGCCUUACGGUUGAGGGCGGAGCAGUUGCCGUACCAGGCGGUGAUACAGCCCGCCAGGAUUCUCUCGAUUGUGCAUCUGUAGAAGUUUGAGUGCUUUUGGUGACAAGCCAAAUUUCUUCAGCCUCCUGAGGUUGAAGAGGCGCUGCUGCACCUUCUUCACGAUGCUGUCUGUGUGAGUGGACCAAUUCAGUUUGUCUGUGAUGUGUGUGCCGAGGAACUUAAAACUUGCUACCCUCUCCACUACUGUUCCAUCGAUGUGGAUAGGGGGGUGUUCCCUCUGCUGUUUCCUGAAGUCCACAAUCAUCUCCUUAGUUUUGUUGACGUUGAGUGUGAGGUUAUUUUCCUGACACCACACUCCGAGGGCCCUCAGCUCCUCCCUGUAGGCCGUCUCGUCGUUGUUGGUAAUCAAGCCUACCACUGUUGUGUCGUCCGUAAACUUGAUGAUUGAGUUGGAGGCGUGCGUGGCCACGCAGUCGUGGGUGAACAGGGAGUACAGGAGAGGGCUCAGAACGCACCCUUGUGGGGCACCCGUGUUGAGCUAACCGCAACCCCGGAUGAUUACUCCUGGCUCGCGUUUCCACCCACUUAGCUUGAAGCUAGCCCGGCCAGAGCUCCUGUGCUACCACCGAAGCAUACUCCUGGGCUACAAUAUCCGGACCCUCGACCGGUCUAUCGAUGUCACCGCAUGAAGAGGAAUAAACAGACUCACCCCAUCACGACGUCCUUGCUUGCUAAUUCGGCCUGCUACCUUGUUUAGCCCUGGCCUACUAACUGUUAGCUUGUUAGCACAGGCCUGCUAACCGUCAAUCGCCGCGUCCCAAACACUCACUGGACCCAUAUUUACUUUCCCUUUUCGAUUUUUAAUUUAUUUAUACCUUCCGGUAACCUGCCUCACCCAAUGUGAUACGGAAUCGCCAUUAUUUUUAAUUUUUAGAACACACACAAGAACCUCCAGAAGCUAACCAGCUAACAAGCUACAAGCUAUUUAGUCAUUGUUAGCCACUGCUAACUGUCUUUUAACCUGGAUAACACUCGCCAGUCCAGCUUCCCUGCCCCAUCCACCGCUGCCCCCCUGGACACUGAUCACUUGGCUACAUAGCUGAUGCGUGCUAGACUGUCCAUUAAUCACGGUACUCCAUUCUGCUUGUUUAUGUUUUAUCUGUCGGCCCCAGCCGCACUCAGGCUCUGUGUGGAGUUAAUCUGACCCCCCCCCCUGCCUAGCCUACGCCAUUUUACCUGCUGUUGUUGUCUCACCUACUGUUUUAGCUACUGUUUUAGCUAGCUCUCCCAAUUCAACACCUGUGAUUACUGUAUGUCUCUCUCAAAUGUCAAUAUGCCUUGUAUACUGUUGUUCAGGUUAGUUAUCAUUGUUUUAGUUUACAAUGGAGCCCCUAGAUCCACUCUUCAUACCCCUGAUACCUCCUUUGUCCCACCUCCCACACAUGCGGUGACCUCACCCAUUACAACCAGCAUGUCCAGAGAUACAACCUCUCUCAUCAUCACCCAGUGCCUGGGCUUACCUCCGCUGUACCCGCACCCCACCAUACCCCUGUCUGUGCAUUAUGCCCUGAAUAUAUUCUACCAUGCCCAGAAAUCUGCUCCUUUCAUUCUCUGUCCCCAACGCUCUUGGCGACCAGUUUUGAUAGCCUUUAGCCGCACCCUCAUACUACUCCUCCUCUGUUCCGUGGGUGAUGUGGAGGUAAACCCAGGCCCUGCAUGUCCCCAGGCACUCUCAUUUGUUGACUUCUGUGAUCGAAAAAGCCUUGGUUUCAUGCAUGUCAACAUCAGAAGCCUCCUCCCUAAGUUUGUUUUACUCACUGCUUUAGCACACUCUGCUAACCCUGAUGUCCUUGCCGUGUCUGAAUCCUGGCUCAGGAAGGCCACCAAAAAUUCUGAGAUUUCCAUACCCAACUAUAACAUCUUCCGUCAAGAAGGAACUGCCAAAGGGGGAGGAGUUAGCCUGAAAAGUAAUGUCAUACUUUCCAGGUCCAUACCCAAACAGUUCGAACUACUAAUCUUGAAAAUUACUCUCUCCAGAAAUAAGUCUCUCACUGUUGCCGCCUGCUACCGACCCCCCUCAGCACCCAGCUGUGCCCUGGACACCAUUUGUGAAUUGAUUGCCCCCCAUCUAGCUUCAGAGUUUGUUCUGUUAGGUGACCUAAACUGGGAUAUGCUUAACACCCCGGCAGUCCUACAAUCUAAGCUAGAUGCCCUCAAUCUCACACAAAUCAUCAAGUAACCCACCAGGUACAACCCUAAAUCUGUAAACAAGGGCACCCUCAUAGACGUCAUCCUGACCAACUGGCCCUCCAAAUACACCUCCGCUGUCUUCAACCAGGAUCUCAGCGAUCACUGCCUCAUUGCCUGAACCCGCUACGGAGCCGCAGUCAAACGACCACCCCUCAUCACUGUCAAACGCUACCUAAAACACUUCUGUGAGCAGGCCUUUCUAAUCGACCAGGCCCGGGUAUCCUGGAAGGACAUUGACCUCAUCCCGUCAGUUGAGGAUGCCUGGUCAUUCUUUAAAAGUAACUUCCUCACCAUUUUAGAUAAGCAUGCACCGUUCACAAAAUGCAGAACUAAGAACAGAUAUAGCCCUUGGUUCACUCCAGACCUGACUGCCCUCGACCAGCACAAAAACAUCCUGUGGCGGACUGCAAUAGCAUCGAACAGUCCCCGCGAUAUGCACCUGUUCAGGGAAGUCAGGAACCAAUACACGCAGUCAGUCAGGAAAGCUAAGGCCAGCUUCUUCAGGCAGAAGUUUGCAUCCUGUAGCUCCA